CAUCAUCCUGCCCAUUCACUUAAAUGUUGGGAGGAUGUCCCACACCACACACACUCCUGUCAGUCUGGUCUGGUCUCUGUCUCGAGCUCUGGAUUUUGAAAGGAUUAGCCUGUCUUUCAGUUCAUGUGAGCUGAUCAAGCCAUCAUAUUACAGUUUAUCUGGGAUUCCACUCCAAGACAUUCAGAAGUCAUGGCUGGCGGAGCUCCGGCUGUUCUGGCGGUGGUGUAUCUGCUCUUCGCUCCGCUGAGGUGUGUCGUCUCUUCGGGUUUCCACGGCGCUUUCCCGCACCCCAACAAGCCCCCGGUGCCCGGCUGGGGGCAGCAGAGCGCGAGCAGCAGCAGCAGCAGCAGCGGUCAGUCCGUGGAGGAGCCGCUGGACUCGAGCCAGGAGGCGCUGCACGUGACGGAGCGCCACUACCUGAAGCGCGACUGGUGUAAGACGCAGCCGCUGAAGCAGGCGCUGCGCGAGGAGGGCUGCCUCACGCGAUACAUCAUCAACAGCUUCUGCUACGGACAGUGCAACUCCUUCUACAUCCCGCGACACCUGCACCAGGGCGACGGAGCCUUCCAGUCCUGCUCCUUCUGCAAGCCCAAGAGCUUUACCGCGGUCUCCUACACGCUGCAGUGCCCGGGACAGAUCCCCCGCCUCAGGAGAAAGCGCGUGCUCCGCGUCAAACAGUGCCGGUGCACCUCCAUAGACCUGGACUGAGGAGAGCGCAGUGGAAGAAAGACUGCCUGUAAAACUGCCUUCAGCACAGACUCUGUACAACAGCGCCUCCACAGGACACACGCGCUUCAGCACACCCUUCACUCUCCACAACACAGGUUUUAUAUCUUAUCAGAGGUGUUACCUAGUUUUAUACAGGCGUUUUCUUAUUCUGGUGUACACCGGUCAAGCAUAUCAAAAUAACCACCUCCUUGCUUCUACACCUAUUAUCCAUUUUUCAGCUUGACUAAGUAUAUAGCAGUUCUACAGUUCUAUAACUCUAAAGAAUGUAGAGUUGUGUUCGGAAUGGUUCACUCAUUAAAGGAGUAGUUAAAUAUGAUUACGAGUAAAAAGUCAAACCCCCAUUCACCCCCAGCAUUCCAAAAUACAGCACUUUUAUCCGACGCUCCCAACAGACUUAGAAUGCUAGUGAUAGAGGCUAACAUUGUCCAUGCAAAGAAAUCACUUUUUUUUUUCUUUUUUUCUUUUUUUUUACAAAAAAGACUUCCCAAGUCUCCCAGGAGUGCAGGUGGGCUAUUUGACAAAAGUUUGUACUCAUUAUCAUGUAACACUACACCCCAUGUCCAAUUUACACCAAAUAUUUGCUAUAUAUUGAAAUAAGUAGGGGAUGACCAAACAACAAACCAUCUUGUUUGUGCCGCUCUAAGGACAUCUGACACAUCAGCACUGCAUUAUGGUAUACAUUAAAAAUUGUAGCAUACCUCAUCGGUACACUGUAUGGGGACUUAAAUGUACUGUUGAGAUUUCAAACAGCACAACAAAUUGGCUGACGCACCAUAUAGUGCACUGUUUCUGUAAAAGGGGGCGAUUCUGAACACAGCUCAGGAGUGUGAACAGUAAGUGAACUCGUUAAAAAAAAAAACAGUGUCUGAUCCACUCAUACCAGCACCAUGUUAGUGUCAAUCAGAAUGACGAAACAUCCAAAUAUCACAGCUAUUUGGGGGCCAGUGAAGAACAGGCUAAUAGAAUAAUAACAACAAAUUGUUUCUUUAUGCUCAGUGGCACUAACAAAAUGUAUAAUGUGUGUAGAAACAAGAAGGUGGUCAUAAUGCUGUGCUUGAUCUGUUUGUAUUACAUUGUUUUUUGCAUUUGGUUUGACACUGCAG